GUGUCUUGUGCAUUCUGCCGAGUGGCAGCAUUAUUUUUGUUCUGUGGACUGCCGUCCUGUCCACUGCCCCUCACCCUGCUGCUUUGCCUAGAUCCGAACUUGCUUUAGCUACUUUUGGAAUUACGCACAAUUUCUCCUCUUCUCAGCGACUGUGGAUUUUUAUUAGUGAGCUGGUAAAGUAAAGGACACGGUCUUUGUAAGUUGGCGAAGCGGCCUUCAGGAUGUCGCAGUCGUUACAAGUGACAAAGAAGCAGCAGCAUCAACAGGAGGAGAAGCAGCAGCGUCAAUAUGAGAGCAGCUAUUACCUGAGCACCAAGUCGUCCGUUAGCCAGAAGUCGUUCUCCACUUUCAAGUCCACCAGCCACCGCCUGAAGAAGUCUGUGAAGACAGAGAAGGGGCAGGAGGUGGUUAAACUGAGCCCGCUACCCAAGAGAGCCAAACGCACCUACCUGGCGAUGGACACGGACAAAGAAGUUAUCGGCUAUGUUAUCCCCGUAUUCAGAGCCAAUCAUGAAGUGGUUCGUGGUCUGAUGGAGGCCCAGGAGGAGGACGUAACAGAGGAGGGGAUUAACUAUGUGGCCAUGAGGAACCUGUUUGUCAGGGAGGCCAGGGAGGCUAUGGAAGUCAAGGUGGAGAAGAAAACAAGAUCAACCCAUAUCAGAGAAUCCGCUGAACGCCUGGAACUAUGCAGGACGAUGGAGGAAUGGUCAGAGUUCCGCAAGAAAAUGAACCCGGACAGCCUCAUGCACCUUCCAGAGUUUAUUGUCAAGCCCCGUGGACAGACUGUCUGGGAGGGCAAGACUGUGAAGCUGCACUGCACUGUGGCUGGAUGGCCCAAACCCAGGAUUGCUUGGUACAAAAAUAAUGUGCUCAUUGAUGCCAAGGCCCACCCUGACAAGUACACAGCCGAGAGCAAUUACAACAUGCACUCCCUGGAGAUCAAGAACUGCGAUUUCUUUGAUACUGCUCAGUAUCGCGCCUCUGUCCUCAAUGUGAAAGGGGAAGCGUCAUCCACAGCCACUAUUGUUGUGAAAAGGUUCCAAGAGGGCGAGGAAGCAGGCCCACUUGAUCCUAAACCACAUGGUUUCUGUCCCGAGCAUGGUGUCACUUUUGAAACAACCAUCAUUGAUAAAUUUGAAGUGGCCUUUGGCCGUGAAGGGGAGACACUGAGUCUGGGCUGCACUGUCAUCAUUUAUCCCACUGUGAAGAAAUACCAGCCGGAAGUCGUGUGGUACAGAAACUCUGUGCCCUUGAAGCCUUCUAAAUGGGUGCACACCAUCUGGACUGGGGAUCGUGCCAUUCUCACCCUUAAUCACCUCAACAAAGAAGAUGAGGGCAUGUACACCCUGCGCGUCAACACCAAAUCCGGAUUUGACUCCUACUCUGCCUAUGUGUUUGUGAGAGAUGCCGAAGUGGAGCUGGAGGGGGUUCCCGUGGCCCCCCUGGAUGUGCACUGUCAUGAUGCCAACAAGGAUUAUGUGGUGGUGACCUGGAAGCAGCCAGCGGUGGAGGGCAGCAGCUCCAUCCUGGGAUACUACAUCGACAGGUGUGAGGUGGGCACCCAUCACUGGGCUCAGUGUAAUGAUGUCCCAGUGAAGUACGCCCGCUUCCCCGUCACAGGCCUGGUGGAGGGCCGCUCUUACGUCUUCAGAGUGCGUGCCCUGAACAAGGCGGGAGUCAGCCGCCCAUCCCGCGUCUCCGAGGCCGUGGUUGCCAUGGAUCCCUCCGACAGAGCCCGCCUCAGAGCCGGGCCCUCUGCACCUUGGACUGGGAUGAUCAAGUUCACAGAGGAGGAUCCCACAGUCGGCGUGAUCCCCGGAGAACCGACUGAUGUCGUGGUUACUGAGGCAACCAAGAGCUAUGUGGUGCUCGCCUGGAAGCCCCCUGUGCAGAGGGGUCACGAAGGAGUCAUGUACUACAUCGAGAAGUGUAUUUCAGGGUCCGACACCUGGCAGAGAGUGAACACCAGUACGCCGGUGAAGUCUCCCCGCUUUGCCCUGUUUGACCUGGCAGAGGGCAAAUCCUACAACUUCCGUGUGCGCUGCUGCAACUCCGCAGGCGUGGGCGAGCCGUCUGUGCCCACCGGAGAAACUACAGUUGGAGAUAAACUGGACCUGCCAUCAGCUCCAGGCAAUCCAGUUGCCACCAGGAACACCGCCACCUCUGUGGUGGUCUCCUGGGCAGCCUCUAAGGAAGUCAUUCAGCUGGUGGGCUAUUACAUUGAAUGCAGCGUGGUGGGCACAGAUGUCUGGAUGCCCUGCAACAACAAACCAGUCAAGCAGACCAGAUUUGUGUGCCACGGCCUGACCACCGGAGCGAACUACGUGUUCAGGGUGAAGGCGGUAAACGCGGCCGGAUACAGCCAGAACUCCUCCGAUUCUGAUGCUGUGGUCGUCCAGGCUGCCAUCUCCGUGCCCGGUAAGCCCACCGGUAUAACCCUGGUGGAGGCUGUCAGAGACUACAUGGUGCUCUCCUGGAGCGCGCCCGCAGACAACGGAGGAGCCGAUGUCAGGGGAUAUUUCGUGGACUACAGGACCGUGAAGGGAGAUGUUGUUGGGAAAUGGCACGAAAUGAACCACCAGGCACUGACUACAACCUCUUAUAAAGCUGAGAACCUGAAGGAGAAUGUCCUCUACCAGUUCCAAGUGCGUGCAAUGAACAUGGCAGGUGUGAGUAGGGCCUCUCUUCCCAGUGCAGCUCUGGAGUGUAAGGAGUGGACCAUUACUGUUCCAGGUCGCCCUGUUGGUCUUCACGUGCUGGAGGUCCGUGACACUUCAGUCGUGGUCCUGUGGGAGCCGCCUGCCUUUGACGGCCGCAGCCCAGUCAACGGCUACUACCUGGACAUCAAGGAGGCCUCGGCUGGUGAGAAGGGCUGGAAGGCCGUCCAUGAGAAGGCCAACAAGAUGAAAUAUAUGAAGGUCACCGGGCUGAAGGCCGGUACGUCCUACGUCUUCCACGUUCGUGCUCAAAAUCUUGCCGGAGUUGGAAAGCCCUCAGCCGUCUUGGGUCCAGUCCUGGCCCAGACUCGCCCUGGCACUAAAGAGAUUUACGUGGACGUGGACGACGACGGCGUGAUUUCUAUGGUGUUCGAGUGCUCUGAGAUGAGCGAGGGCUCUGAGUUCAUUUGGUCCAAGAACUACAAGGCAAUCACAGACACCUCUCGCCUCACUGUCGUCACCCAAGGGGGCAAAUCCAGAGCCAUCUUCAACAGUCCUUCCCUGGAGGAUCUGGGCACUUUCUCCUGUGAGGUCACCAACACUGAAGGCAUUUCCUCCAGCUACACGCUCACUGAGGAGGGUCUCAGACGCCUUCUGGAUCUCAGCCAUGAGCACAAGUUCCCAGUUAUUCCCUUCAAGAACGAAAUGUCCAUGGAGCUGCUCGAGAAGGGCCGCGUGCGAUUCUGGACUGAGGUCGAGAAAUGGACCUCCGAUUGCCAAGUGGAGUACGUCUUCAACGACGUCAUCAUCACUCAGGGACAGAAAUACACGAUGAACUUCGACAAGUCCACCGGCAUCAUCGAAAUGUUCAUGGACUCUCUGGAAGUGACGGACGAGGGGACGUUCACCUUUAACCUGGUGGACGGAAAGGCUAAGGGUACAACUAGCCUGGUGCUAAUUGGAGAUGAAUUCAGAGAGCUCCAAAAGAAAUCAGAAUUUGAAAGAGCCGAAUGGGUCAGGAAACAAGGCCCUCACUUUGUGGAGUACCUCGACUUCGCCGUUACUCCAGAAUGUGAUGUGCUGUUGAAAUGCAAGAUCGGAAAUGUCAGAGCGGAGACCGAGAUCAUUUGGCUGAAGGACAGCAUUGAGAUUGCUGAGGAAGACGAGGACGCGAAGAAGAUCGAGAUGAAGGACAGCGAGCUGACCUUUAAUAUCGGAAAGUGGGUUAUUAAGCAACAGGAAAAGAAAGAAAAAGAAGGGAAAAAACCACCUGCAGACGACGUUCGCCCGCCACCAAGACCUAAAAUCUCAAAGCACGACGCGGGCAUUUACGAGGUCUUCCUGAGGGAUGAGAGAGGCAAAGAUAAGAGCACCUUCAAUCUGACAGACGCAGGAUACCAGGCUGUAAUGAAUGAGCUGUUCAGGGUUAUUGCCAACUCUUCCAGCGACAUCCAGAUUCUCAGCACCGAACACGGCAUCACUCUCUAUUCCACGGUCACAUAUCACCAUGAGGACCUGCGCGUUGGUUGGCUGCAGAAAGAUGCUAAGAUUGCCGCCUCCGAGAGAGUUAAGUCCGGAGUUACAGGAGAGCAGCUGUGGCUUAAGAUCAAUGAGCCCACUGAGAAGGACAAGGGCAAAUACACCAUAGACAUCUUUGAUGGCAAGGACGGUGUGAAGAGAGUCUUUGAUCUGUCCGGAAAGGCAUGGGAGGAAGCAUUUGAAGAAUUCCAAAGGCUCAAAGCUGCUGCCAUCGCAGAGAGAAAUCGUGCCCGUGUUGUUGGAGGCUUGCCAGAUGUGGUUGCAAUCCAAGAGGGCAAGUCCCUGAACCUGACGGGCAACGUCUGGGGCGAGCCCGUGCCUGAGGUGUGGUGGGUAAAGAACGACAAGGAGCUGCAGUCCGACGACCGCUACAAGCUCAAGUUCGAGCACGGCAAGUUCGCCAGCAUCACGAUUGCCGCCGUCACCACCACCGACUCUGGCAAAUACGCCCUGAUGGUCAAGAACAAGUACGGCACGGAGGCCGGCGAGUUCACCGUCAGCGUGUACAACCCAGAAGACGAGGAGAACAAGGAGGAGAAGAAAGACUAAAGGAAGAUGCAAGCGUAGUGACGUAAAGAAGAUUAACGACCGUGCUGCCUCCAAAGCAUUUUACCCCGGCACAUGCCGGUGCAACAAAGCAGUUCAAUAAAUCUUGAAUACAGCUGCUUCCUCUUGCGUCUUUCGUGUGCUGGGCUAAAGAGCUUUGGGCAUUGCUUGUCAAGGAAGGAAACUAUGAAUGGGAUUCAGAGAGAAUAACUGUGUGCUGUAGUUGCUUGGCAGGUCCCCUGUCACCUGUGGCUACUAUUAGCAGUUAAUGCAAUGUGUGGGAAGGAAUUUAUCUGUUAUUAAUCUUUGUUUUAAAAAAUAAUAAAAAAAGGCCAUUAAAAGCAAAAUGCUGUAUUCUUAUAUUACAGUAUUAUGUGUAGUUGACCUUUGACCUCUCGAAUCAAGUGACCCAGAGGUUUUCGCGAUGUAAAAACAAAAAAUAAAGGAAAAAAUGUGACAUGAA